GCCACCGGAAGUGAGGGACAACCCGGAAGUUCCCACCCGCCGUCCGAAGCCCCCUGGAGAUUCGGUGUCAGGGCCUCUGCGAGGGCUCCGCGCCGGCCUGGCCAUGGACGAUACCCUGUUCCAGUUGAAGUUCACAGCGAAGCAGCUGGAGAAGCUGGCCAAGAAGGCGGAGAAGGACUCAAAGGCGGAGCAGGCCAAGGUGAAGAAGGCCCUGCAGCAGAAGAACGUGGAGUGUGCCCGUGUGUACGCGGAGAAUGCCAUUCGCAAGAAGAACGAGGGUGUGAACUGGCUGCGCAUGGCGUCCCGCGUGGACGCAGUGGCCUCCAAGGUGCAGACGGCCGUGACCAUGAAGGGGGUGACCAAGAACAUGGCGCAGGUGACCAAAGCCCUGGACCGCGCGCUGAGCAGCAUGGACCUGCAGAAGGUGUCCGCGGUGAUGGACAAGUUCGAGCAGCAGGUGCAGAACCUGGACGUGCACACCUCGGUGAUGGAGGACUCCAUGAGCUCGGCCACCACGCUGACCACGCCGCAGGAGCAGGUGGACAGCCUCAUCGUGCAGAUCGCAGAGGAGAAUGGCCUGGAGGUGCUGGACCAGCUGAGCCAGCUGCCCGAAGGCGCGUCCGCCGUGGGCGAGAGCUCCGUGCGCAGCCAGGAGGACCAGCUGUCGCGCAGGUUGGCGGCCCUGAGGAACUAGGAGCCACGGGGCAGCCUCCGGCCGCGUGCCCUGCCUCCUGCCUUUGAGCUGACCCUGCAGCCGCCGGCAGCCCUCACUGCUCUCAGCACCCGCUGCCGGGCCUGGAACCCCUGUCCUGGGCUGGGCUGGGCGGCGGGUGAGUUUGCACAAACUUCUGACUUUCGUGGGUGGCUUCUGUGACUUUGGGCCAAGCAGCUGGAGGGUCUGGGCUCCCUCUGUGCCCCACUCUGCGAGGGUGCCCUGUGAUGGCAGGCUUGCUGCUGACCAACAGCAGGGGGCUCGGGUCCCCGAUGUCGGGCGGUACCUGGAGCCCUCCCAGCAGUGGGCAGGCCUCCCCCACCCCAAGGACAGGAGGAGGAUGCCCUCAAGGGCCACCCCAAAACAUGUCCCCUGCGGCCUUUGCAGAACGUCCGGGGGGGUUCCUGUCCCCCCAGCCUGGUCCUGCCCUUUGCUGCUGGCUGAGCUCCUGGGAAAGCUGGCCCCACACCCAGGCGUGCCCGCUCUGGGGGCGUCCUCACCCCCCUGCUGCCUGUGGAGGCCUGGGGAGUGGGGUGACCCCUUGGAGCCCUCUCUGUGCCAGGCCCCCGGCUGAGGGGUCAGCCACAAUCACAUCUCCUGCAGUGCCUCCUCCAGCGGCCCCUCCUGCUGUGCUCACACCCUUGACCUUGGAAGCCGCCCUUGGGGGGGUGGGCGGUGCUGUGGCUGGGUGUCCAGGGCGGAGCACAGGGUGUCUGAUGACCUGCUGGGAUGGCCCGGAGACGGCUCACUUCCUGUUCUUCACGGUCCUCAAGUUUACUUUGUUUUCCUGAAGCUGUUUGGUUCGUUUUGUUUUUUGUUGAGUGUUUCUUUUUGCCAAAAUACAAGGAGCAAACAGCAGUGGGAGCGCUGGGUCUGCGUCCUCCUCGUAGGAGCUGGUGGGGGCUGCGCUGUGGGUGCGGCCAGGCCGGCUCUGCUCACUGACCGCCGACCAGCCCUCCCAGAGGCUCCGCUGUCCAGUCUCCUCGCACCUUCACCUGACUCCUGCGCGGGCUCCUUCCCGUGGCUCGUGGGAGGCAGGGGCGUCUGUGCCCGUUGCCUGUAACGCUACUGUAAAUAAAUGCUGAUGCGGAA